AUGCACCUCACGCCCACGAAGCGUGGUGACAUCUACGAUGCGAUCUCACCUUUGAAAGCGCUACAUGGCUCUGCUAAAGGUCUCUCCGUUCUGAUAACCGGUGCUGGUCGAGGCAUUGGCCGUGCUCAAGCACUGGCAUUUGCUCAGGCUGGUGCGACAAAGAUAACACUCGUGUCUCUGGAGGAGGAAGAGCUGAAGGAGGUGAAGACGUCGAUUGCGAGUCUUGCAGGAUUAGAUGAUGAUAGGCGGGUGGACAUUGUGAAAGCAGACAUCACGAGCGAGGACCAAAUGGCGAAAGCGUUCGAUGAGGCAGGAUCGGUUGAUGUACUCGUCAAUAACGCCGGUCGCAUGAACGCUGAAGCAAAACCGCACGAAUCAGCUUGCGAAGAUUGGUGGAAGACUUUCGAGGUCAAUGUGAAAGGUACUUACACUGUAUCACGCGAAGCCAUACGACGGGCUCUCUCCACUCAUCAUGUCGUGCAGACCAUCAUCAACACGUCCUCCGUCGCGUCGGGAAAUACACGACUCGGUUUCUCGUCCUAUGGGUCGAGCAAAAGCGCCAUCAAUCGCUUCACAGAGUUUCUACACUUCGAGUACGAAAAUCAGGGUAUUCGAGUGUUUGCUUACCACCCAGGAGCCAUCAUGACUACCCUCGCACGAGACUCCAUGCCGACCAACACAUUCGCCACACUAACUGACAAACCUGAGCUUUCUGCCGGGUAUUGUUUAUGGCUGGCUACCCAAGGCGAUCGUGUUGAGUUUCUAAGAGGAAGAUUUAGCAGUGCGACGUGGGACGUUGAUGAAUUGCUGGAAAUGAAGCAAACGAUCCUAGAGAAAAAUCUUCUGUGGACACGAGUGGUUGGGCAGGAACAAACGGUGUAG